UUUUUUUUUUUUUUCAUGUGUUUCACAGUUGGGUGUCAAAUUCUUAGAGAGGCAUUCAGCGUUUUCGAUCGGUUUAUCGUAUUCUGUCGCAUCACAUAAAUUAGAUUGAAACUGAAAUUGAAUGCGGUUGUAUGAAAACUAGUCUGUUUUGAAAUAUGUUUCGUAUGUUUUAUGUAAAAACAUCAACCGAGACUUGAAUGACAAAUAAGGUUUUUGUUUUUUUUGGAAAACUUUUUGGUUUUUUCAGUUUUCAACAAACUUUAUAAGUGAUCUUAAGGCUUCAGUUGUUGUAACCAAAGGUUCCCUGUUACACUGGGCACAGGUGCCCACCCUGCAUCAUGACGUCUUGUUAACAUGUGUCACAUGAUGCAUGAUGCCGGGCGUCUGUGUUGCUCUUAAGUGAGCGGCCAACUUCACAGGGGGGACAGAGAGGUUUCCUCCCUCCUCUGGAUCCACAUCCAUGCCAAACCAGCAGGUCAACUUUUGUUCUCCACACUGCCUCCUAUGCCUCUGACACCUCCAGCGGAGCCUGCACGGUUAUCCUUGAAGGGGGUCUGGUGCCUAGCGACUAGCGAUCAUCAGACCCGGAACCAAAAAUGAACUGGGCAUCCUUUUAUGCUGUGGUUAGCGGCGUUAACAGACACUCCACUGGCAUCGGCCGCAUCUGGCUCUCUGUCUUGUUCAUAUUCCGCAUCCUGGUCCUGGUGGUUGCGGCUGAGACCGUGUGGGGCGACGAGAAGUCCGGCUUCACUUGCAACACCCAGCAGCCUGGCUGCAACAGUGUCUGCUAUGACCACUUCUUCCCCAUCUCUCACAUCCGCCUGUGGGCCCUCCAGCUCAUCCUGGUUUCCACCCCGGCCCUCCUGGUGGCCAUGCACGUGGCCCACCGCCGGCACGUCGACAAAAGGCUCUACAAACUGUCGGGGCGAACCAAUCCCAAAGACCUGGAGCAGAUUAAGACCCAGAAGAUGAAAAUCACAGGGGCUCUGUGGUGGACUUACGUCAUCAGCCUGUUGUUCCGUAUUGUCUUUGAGGUCAUUUUUAUGUUUCUGUUCUACAUGAUUUAUCCCGGUUACAAGAUGAUCCGGCUGGUGAAGUGUGACUCGUACCCGUGCCCCAACACGGUGGACUGUUUUGUUUCGAGGCCCACGGAGAAAACGGUCUUCACCGUCUUCAUGCUGGCCGUGUCUGGGGUUUGUAUCCUGCUCAACAUCGCAGAAGUGGCAUUCCUGGUAGGGAAAGCCUGCGGUAAGCAUCUGCACAGUGCUGGAGACUCGACUAUGGGAGCUUGGAUACAACAUAAACUUCGUUCAUUCUAACCAACGCACAGAUAGUUUAAAACUGGUGAGAAUCAAAGGAAUAGUUUAAUGAGAAACAUCUGGUUUCAGCCUCAAAGAGGGAAAUUUAGACAAUUUAUUGUGCCAGCAAUUCAAGAGUUCAAAGAUAUUCUGUCACAAAUAAUAAAAAUAAUAAUAACAUUAAUUAACUGUUGCAUUGCAAAGAUGUGCCUGCACCACGGUCGGUAUCAUUAUUAACGUUAUUUAAUGUUAUUUAUUAAAUUAUUUAUUGGAAUCUGUAUUAAUUUUAAAAGGGAAAAUAUCUGACGACUUGAACGUAACAUGUUAAGAAUUACACCUUUGUGGUGAAGAAAAGUAAUGACUUUAACCAUUGUUUGCACUAAAGUGACUUUCAAUGCUGAUCACAUUUCCAAAUAAAGGUAGCAGAAGGUAAUAAUGAGAAGAAAUACACUUGAAUAGCAAAUUUUUGCUCUGUUUAUUGCUGACUGCUAAACCCAGAAUUCAAAUUUAAUGUUUCUUUUUUUUUUUUUUUUUUUUUUUUUUUUUUUUUUUUUUUUUUGUAGUGGUGUCAUCACUGGCCAAGCACAACAGAAUAAAUUCAAAGUGUGUACUUGUGUUAUUUCACUG